AUGGCGGCCAAGUACGGCCUAAUGCUACAUCAGAUGGACGUCAAGACAGCGUUUCUUAACGGCUCCCUCAACGAAGACAUCUACAUGGACCAGCCGGACGGAUACCUGGAUGCAACACAGCCGGACUAUGUGUGCAAGCUAAAGAGAUCACUCUACGGCUUGAAGCAAUCGCCUCGCAUGUGGAACCAAACAAUCGAUGGGUUCAUGAUCAAGAUGGGAUUCAAGAAGUGCGAAUCGGACCACUGCAUCUACAUCAAGCGAGACGACCAAGACAUGAUUCUCGUGGUGCUCUACGUCGAUGAUCUCAUCCUGGCCAGCAGCAACAACGAACUCCUCAAGUCGACCAAGAUGGCGCUGAGCAAACGCUUCGAAAUGACGGAUCUCGGUGAGCUCGAUUACUUUCUCGGCAUGGAGAUCAAGAACGACCGUAAUACGGGAAUGGUGACUGUGCAACAAACCAAGUUUCUCAAGUCCGUGUUGACCAAGUUCGGAAUGGAUAACAGCAAGCCAGUGAAGACGCCUCAAGAUCCCGGCCUGAAGCUAACCAAGAACAUGUGUGAACAAGAAUGCAAGCACGAAGAAACCAUAUGCAACGUGCCAUAUCGAAGUGCUGUCGGAGGCAUCAUGUAUCUCAUGGUCGCCACACGUCCGGAUCUAGCUGCUGCAGUGGGAUCAUUAUCCCAGUUCUCGUCCGACCCAUGCCCGACUCACUGGCAAGCUUUGAAGAGUGUGCUGAGAUACCUGCAAGCAACGCCCAAUCAUGGUCUUGAGUUUACACGUGAAGAAGGAAGCCGUAUCUGCGGGUACACCGACGCAGACUGGGCCGGCGACAUUGAGUCAAGACGAAGUACAAGCGGCUAUGUGUUCAUGAUGAACGGAGGAUGCAUCAGCUGGAAAAGCCAGAAACAACGGACGGUCGCGCUAUCUUCAACAGAAGCAGAAUACAUGGCGCUUUCCGAAGCAACCAAAGAAGCAGUAUGGCUCAAGGUGCUUUUGGGGGAACUUGGUGAGAUGACAAGCGACGAAGCGAUCAAGGUGUAUGAAGACAACCAAGGAUCAAUCGCUCUCGCCAAGAACCCGGAGUUCCAUAAGAGAACAAAACACAUCGACAUACGCUACCAUUUUGUGCGUGAGAAGGUGGAAUCAGGUGAAGUCGUUUUGGAGAAUUGCCCGACUCAAGAUAUGCUGGCAGACAUGAUGACCAAGCCGAUCGCCGCUGUACAAUUUGAAAACAUUCGCGAUCGACUUGGGAUCCAAGGUACCGCAGCUAACGAGUCGAGAGGGAGUGUUGAAAAGACAGCGGCUGUGAAGAAGACACCUCGUCAAGCUGCGUCAAGUGUUGAAGCAAGUGGAAGACCAAGCUUCGCUAUACCGGUGGGUACCGGUAUGUACCAGUAA